CUCAGAUUUCUAGAAUACAACAAGAUUCAAAUUAUCACAGAGGACACAUUCAAUGGUCUGGAAAAGCUUGAAUACUUGUAAGUUUUAAAACUUAUACCAGGUGAAUAGUUCAAUGAAGUAAUCAGGUGCGACUGAAUACAACAGUAGCUACAAUGUACUAGGUCCCUUAUAAAUGUCGUCUUUUUUCUCUUAUUUUUUCGUCUGAUUUUUUUCUUCCAUAAAAAAAUACCGAUUUUUUCCUUAGAUAAGUUCAGUUAUUAUUCAUUCAAAAUAUUUCCCCGAUUCCUAUAGGCUGAAAGCACACCUUUAAUUCACCAUAACCAGGGUUAGAAAUUCGUUUUUUUUUUUGUCACAAGGUAAAGAUAUCUUGUAGAGAUGAGAUCUACAAGUAAGCUAAAUGGGCAAGCCACAAGACUUUAGGUUAAAGCAGAAAAAAUGCACGAUGAAAGUAACUGAUUUAUUGUUAUAGUUACAACAAAAGAUCAGUAACUGGUUAAACCAGUUACUGGUUAUUAACCAGUUACUGAUGACCAAAUUUGGAAGAAUUUUGUGUUUAGCGAGGAAGUGACGUCAAAAAUGCAGCGUUCUUGCAGGUUAAUGCACCGUUAACCGAGAAGACCUGGGGACGAGGUUGAGUCGUUUUGGUUGUGAACUUGAGAAAUGGAGGACAUUUCACUCGUUUCAAGAGUAAGAAAUAGGCCAAAAAUAUAGCUAAAAACAUGGCAAGAACAGCAAAAAGACAACUCAAAGGGCGACAUAUGUAUCGAAGAUGAAGUUAACAUCGAUCAAUCGAUGGAGGAAAGCAUGUUUUAGCCAUGUUUUUAAACUAGGAAUUAUUUUGAAUGAAUAAUAAAACAAUAGGUAGGUAUUUUUUAGGUAUUUUAUUUAUUUGCCACACAAUUACAAUAAUUACUUAAAGAUGCCAAAAGAAAAAAAAAAUGUAGGAAGAGAUGGCGAGUAGGCCUAAAAGAAACUAUAGAGCUUAUGUUAAUUAGGCCUCCUCAAUUACAAUUUUUCGAAGAUGGCAUAAAAAUUACGGCGACGGGUACGAUAUAAUAUCAGGUGAAAAAUUAAACUAAUCAAUAUUAUGGAAGUUUACAUGUACAAAUGUUGAAUAUUAAAAGGCUUUUUCCCAAGAUUUUUGUUGAAGUAUACUAAUAAUUAUUACAAAUAAAUGCCUUAAGUGCUCUUUUAAAGGAGAAAGGUGAGGAAGCGUUGAUGAUGUUGGUGUUUAAGGUGUUGUAAAAUUUAGGUCCUUGAUAAAAAAACGGAAAAUUGCUUGGUUCGAGUACGACAGAAAGGCAGACGAAAUUUACACGAGUUUCUUGUAUUAUACGAAUGAAUUUGACAUUGUAAGGUAAAUUUACAAUGAAAUUUUAAAGGUAGAGUAUGGUUUUGAUAGGAGUACAUGAAUAAGCCUAGUUGUAUUAAGUAUAUAUCAUGAAAUUUUAAGAUACCAAGAUUUUGAAAGAUUGGAUCAGUAUGUGCAUCGAAAGUGGUGUUAGCUAUAGUUCUGAUCACUCGUUUCUGUAAAAUCUCAAGACGAAUAAGGUUAGUUCUGUAAGUAGAGGCCCAAACUAAGUUGCAGUAAAAAAGGUAUGGAUAGACUAGAGAAAAAUAUAGUGUUCGUAAGGUUUUCGUGGAUAAAUAGAAACUGGAUUUACGAAUAAUUCCUGUGCAUUUAGAAACUUUAUUGGCGACAUGUGAGAUUUCAGAUUUCCAAUUUAAAUUUUCAUCAAUGAUUACUCCCAGGAAAACUGUUUCUUUUACUUGAUCAAUUUUUUGACUAUCAAUUAAAAGUUGAAUAGUUUGAUUUGUACGCUUUUGGGAUGGUUUAAAUGCAAUGAAUUUGGUUUUUUUCAAGUUUAAUGAAAGCCUGUUAGCUCUAAACCAUAUUGACAACUUAUUUAGUUCAGCGUUCAGUAUAUUAGUAAGGCAGUCUUUAUCCUUGUGAGACACAAAUACGUUUGUAUCAUCGGCAAAUAAUAUCAGUUGUAAUAUUGUUGACGUGUUGAUUAUAUCGUUGAUGUAGAAUGAAUUCGGCUUUCGUAUCAUAUGAAGAAUUGGCCUCGACGGAUAACACUAUCCUCGAUCUCUAUAAUUAACAAUUUUUCGCCGAAGGUGAAGUUAAUAUUGUUGAAUAAUCCCCGAGACGAAGUCAAGGGAAACCAUUAAAAAACGAUUAGUUCGAUUGACGGGUGAAUUCAUGCGUGAACACGAGGCCGUAAACAGUGGAUGCGCAAAAGUUAGAUCUUUACAGUAUCUUCAAUUAUGGCAAAUGAUAGUUUUAAUCCUUUUGUAUCGAGUUUUGUAAGCUUUGGCAUCAACGGUUUAAAACAAAACGCCGAAAUUUAAAUUACUACCCAGUUCUGAGAAGAAAAGUAGAGCUUUAUUUGUUUCUGUCAACUCACCGUGAAUGAGAAAGUUUUCCUUGUCCCUUCUUGCAAAUGCUGUCAACAGCGGCUACGAUCAAGGUGAGCGUUGUUUAUCUCCAAAGUUCUUUGCCUUGUUAACUUGCAGACACGAAUAAUUUUCGAAAAUAUUUGACUUCCUCUUUUCUCCAUAGAUUAACUUCUAUUUAUAGGCAAAUAUGGUCUUGCAAGAAAAUCCCGAAAUCGCAAAACAGUGCAAAGCGCCCUCGUUUACCUCUGUAGUGGUAAACAUAGUUUCGAGCAUACAAAAAGUCAGCUACACUAAACCACUUCACAAUAAAUCACGCUGUUUAAAUCCCAUGAAGUCUUUUCUUGCCUUCAAAGUCAUCAGUACUUGGAUUUUCGUGUAUUUUCAAAAACGCUUUACUAUAAAACUUUGGCAAAACACCCAAUUCACGACAGAGAUUUUGUUCUGCUUUAUAUUCACCUCCUAGCGCGGAGUCAGAGAUAGCUAACCAAUCAGAUUGCUUGAAUUACCAAGAUCACUGAGUGUGUAUAUACUAAUUCUUCAUAUGAUACUCAGCCUCAUUCACUAAUUGUUAAUUAACAAUAGUCUAUUUUGCACCUGCAAACGAGAUUGGAGUUGAUAUUGUUUUGAUACUACUCUCCCUGCUUUAUUAUCUAAUGCUCAUUGACUAUUAAUUUUUCAGCAAAAUUUUCUAUAAGAAAAAGAAAAAGGUUAUAUCAAUAAAAGGUUAACCUCAGCCUCGCGUCCACUCAAACUCAAAUCCUAGGGUACUAAGCCCACAACUGUAAAAUGGUCUAUUCUGAAAUUUAGAAAAAAAAAAUUGUCUUCAAAUAAUAGCUUGAAUGCUGUUUUUUUCCCCUUCAGGAAUGAAUUAGAGACCGAAAACCCCAUAUCAAAUGAGUGGUUCAUUUUUCGUCCCUUUUCAAUGUAUUUUUGUUAUCUUUAUUUGUAAUUGUUUUUUAUUUGUUUGUUAAUGCUUUUUUGUUUGUCACAUAUUUUUGCUGCAAGUAUGAACCAGAACCUCUUCUCUUCUUAACUUGUGCAAUUAUUUCUUAGGUAAAAUCGGUUGUCAUGUUGUUACGACAUGUGUUGUCAUAAAUGGUCAUACAGAAAUGUUUGUAUUUUUGUAGAAUAAAAUGAGUUCCUAAAAAGUGGUCACGUAAUUUGCGUAAUCGAGGGUCUUUCAGGACCAAGUUUAGAUCAUUCUCUGCGAUAGGCAGAGUUAAUUUUCAGUGAAUACAUGGACUGGAGCAUACAUCACUAUGCAUAAUUUAUCUACAGCACUUCUAAUUGUUAAGUUACAUUCGUAUGUAGGAAUCUUGCACACAACAACCUGAGAAAAUGGUACGGAACUUUGUCCAAAGAUCUUCCAAAGCUUCAGUUUCUCAACAUCAUGGAAAACUACAAGUUCAAGAUAAAAGCCAGUAAAGACAAACUUCUUGUGGACACUGCACUAAGGACAAUACUGGGAAUUACAACAACGUCGAAAGGUUGUGUUCAGUGUAACUAUAGUCGAUUAAAUGUGCCGCUUGAGAUACUGAUACAGCCAAAAGGCUGCGAAUAUAUACCCUCUCAUAACAUGCCAGCAAUAUAUGCAUUUCAGACAAAAUACUGGUAUUACGAAGGCACGUGCAGCGCUAACGUAAACAAAAAAUGUACUGUAUCUUUAAUCCCAAUGCACAAGGUGCGGAAAAAAUAUAGAAAUUUUUGCUGGGAUAGGGGAAGGUCUCUAAGACCAGUAGAAUAUUUUCUUGGGAUAGUUGCAUUGCUAUUCAAUUUUGUUGUCAUAGCAACAAUACUUUGUAAUCGUCAUUUGAUUACUAAGACCUCCAUGUAUUUAACAGCACAACUAGCAUUCGGUGACCUGUUUCUUGCAGUCUUCUCCUUGACAAUAGCAAAUGGCCAUGGUAUAAUGACGGAUCCUGGCAUACGGCAAUGGAGAGAACACCAGUGUCCCUAUUUUAGGUCUUUACUUAUCAUAGGACAAACGUUCGAAGCUUUUACUUCAGCUGUGAUGACCUUGGAACGAUAUUUGGUAAUAGUCUAUUGUAUGAGACCAAAUCUGCGAAUUAGUUUAAGGCAAUCUUGCUUUCUGAGUGUCUUUACCUGCAUUUUUGCCUCGUCUGCUUGUUUUGCAAUUCAGUACUUUGACGCUCCGAUAAUCAGAGAUAACUUCAUGUGUGUCCUCGUUCAAAAUUUUCGAACUUCAAAACGAAUAUUAGCCAGUCAGGUAUUAAUGCUUUUGUUCGUUGGGAUUUACCUUACUGUAAUUGGCAUGUACAUUCAUAUUUAUUUCUCUGUUCGAAAGUCAGAACAAAGUGCAGGUAUCAAACGCGAAACGUCAUUAGCCAAAAGGAUAAGUAUCAUCGUGUUUUCAAACAUGUUGUUGUACGCGGUUCCAAACUUAAGUAUUGUGAUAUAUAGCACAGGCAAUCUCAACCUGCUGUCUGACCAGGAAAUCAACUUCGUUUUGCGUCUAUGGCUUCCACCAGUGUGCAUGAUCACCAAUGCUUGUUUAAACCCAUUCCUCUUUGCCUUCAGGAAUGAACAGUUCUUGACUUCUCUCAGGCAGGUUGCACAGAAAAUCUUCUCACCAGUAUGUCCGGUGGUGAAACCACCAUUUGGCAAGCCGUUUAACCAAGUAGGGUUAUAUGUCGUGAACAGUGGGGAGUCAGGGCAAAAUUCUUCUCAGUUAACUCUUAAUGAGAGUUUGUAA